AUGAAGUCUACAACUCUUUUGCUACCGCUGUACACUGCUGCCCUCGCGGCAGCUGUUUCGUCGCCUCAAGGCCAAGCUGUACUCCAGGACCAGCAGCAGGUCACUAUCGCGGAGCCAGAUGAGUAUCUCAUCGAGCUCUCACCUGGCGAGACGCGAUGGGUGACUGAGAACGAAAAGUGGGAGUUGCGCAAACAAAACAUCAACUUCUUCGACAUUACGCACAACAAGGAACUCGGCACGCUGAACAGCAAGGUCUCCGUCGAGAGCGUCAAGUUCCCAGAGAAGCCCAUCCACCAGAAGGCCAUCGACCCACUCCUCAAGGAGCUCAAGAAGGAAAACAUGCGCGCCCACCUGGAGACCUUCACCUCGUUCCACACACGCUACUACAAGUCGCACUACGGGGCCGAAAGCUCAGCCUGGCUCCUAAGCCAAGUCAACAAAACCCUCGUCGACGCCGGCGCCGUCAAUGCAACCGUAAAACCGUUCGCCCACCCCUGGGGCCAAUCCUCCAUCAUCGCCACAAUCCCGGGCAAAAGCGACAAGACGAUUGUCAUUGGCGCGCACCAAGACAGCAUAAACCUGUACUUCCCCGCCUUCCUCGCCGCGCCGGGCGCCGACGACGACGGCAGCGGCACCGUGACCAUCCUCGAGGCGCUCCGGGUGCUGCUGCACUCGCCCGAAAUCGUCGCGGGCGAAGCAGAAAACACGAUAGAAUUCCACUGGUACUCGGCCGAGGAAGGCGGCCUGCUCGGCUCCCAGGCAAUCUUCCAGGCGUACGAGCGCGCAGGCCGCAACGUAAAAGCCAUGCUGCAGCAAGACAUGACGGGCUACGUGCAAAAGACGCUCGACGCAGGCGAACCAGAAUCUGUCGGCGUCAUCACCGACUUUGUCGACCCGGGCCUGACCGAGUUUAUCAAGAAAAUCAUCACCGCCUACUGCGGUAUUCCCUAUGUGCUGACAAAGUGCGGCUAUGCCUGCUCGGAUCACGCCAGUGCCUCAAAGGCCGGGUACCCCUCGGCGUUUGUGAUUGAGUCGGAUUUCAAGUAUAGCGAUAAUAAGAUUCAUACGACCGAGGAUAAGAUUGAGUAUCUUAGCUUCGAUCAUAUGCUGCAGCAUGCCAGGAUGACGCUGGCGCUCGCGUAUGAGUUGGCAUUUGCGUCGUUUUGAGUAAGAUAAAGAAGAUGUAUGGGGCCCACAGGUUUGGAUACUACCUACUACUAUAUGGGUUCUCCCUCCUCCUCCUCUUCCCCCCUUUUAUUACGACUAGCGUGUUUGGGGAGGGGGUUUGUCAUAUGAAGGAAAUGAAACAAAGUGUAUGAUCUCUUUUUUUUUCUCCCAAAGGUCUUUUUUUUUACAACACUUUAACUAUAUUAGUCUUGGAAACAGAACACAAGAGUGGAAUAACUAUGCGUACUCUAAUCCAUGUAGACAACAAUUUGCCUAAACCACUUGGCCAUAUAUACACGUCGCACAUGCAAAAAAAUGAUAAGACCUAGACCAAGCCAUACAAGGGCCUAGGCAAGGCGUCGCCUCCCC